GUCAAGGCCAAAAAAGAAAAGGAAGGUCAUUUAAGGAAAGCCGGCUGUCAAAUCAUUUUAAACCACAAUCAUGUCACAGCAAAGGAAAUUUUUUGUUGGAGGAAACUGGAAGAUGAACGGGAGUAAAGAGAGUAUCGCUGGCAUCGCGAAGUUUUUAAAUGCUGGACCACUGGAUCCAAAUACAGAGGUGGUUGUUGCCCCACCAGCAUGUUACUUGGAAUACACCAGACAGGUUGUGGAUUCUAAACUUGGAGUGGCAGCUCAGAACUGUUAUAAAGUGGCAAGUGGUGCUUUUACAGGGGAUAUCAGUGCCAAUAUGAUUAAAGACCUUGGAUGUGAAUGGGUUAUUCUGGGACAUUCAGAGAGGAGAAAUGUUUUUGGAGAAUCUGAUCAGCUGAUUGGUGAGAAAACAAAGUACGCACUCAGUCAGGGUGUGAAGGUGAUUGCCUGUAUUGGGGAAAAGCUUGAGGAGAGAGAAGGUGGAAAAACCGAGGAAGUGGUUUUCAGACAAACUCAAGCCAUUAUUGAAAAUAUAUCGGCAGACCAGUGGGUUAAUGUAGUGAUAGCUUAUGAACCAGUGUGGGCCAUUGGGACAGGGAAAACGGCAACACCAGAACAAGCUCAGGAAGUUCAUGAAAAAUUACGAGCCUGGUUAGCAGAAAAGGUGUCAAAAGAAGUAGCAGCUGCUGUUCGAAUUAUCUAUGGUGGAUCUGUUAAUGCCGCUAACUGCAAAGACUUAGCUUCUAAACCUGACAUUGAUGGCUUUUUAGUUGGAGGGGCUUCCCUUAAGCCAGAUUUUGUACAGAUUGUCAAUGCCAGACAAAAGUGAGAGCCAUGCCAUAUUGUUUAGGAAGUUUUAUAGCAGAAAGUUAUUUAAUAAGUUUAGCAGGUUUUGCCCUCAUUUCAUUGUUAGAUUCUAUGAAACAGCACUGUUACAGACUUAUCACUUUUCUGAUUUCCUGUUAUUGAUAUAGAAGUGC